AACCCCACCCCUGAACACACACAGACAUAGACACACACACAUACAGACACACACUCUGGGGCGGGUAGCCAUUUCCUCCCUCAGCCUCACUCCCCUGCCUCUGCCUGCCCCGUGCGGUGCCACAGCGCCUCCUCGGCAGGCUGCCACCGGGAGCUGACUGUCCCCAGGGCGGGAAUCCUGUGCUCCUUCUGUGCCCAGAGCUCACCAUGUCAGCCAACGUCACCCUGAAGCCGCUCUGCCCGAUCCUGGAGCAGAUGAGCCGCAUCCAAAGGCACAGCAACUCCAGCAUCCGCUACAUGGACCACGCCUCGGUGUUGCUGCACGGGCUGGCCUCGCUGCUGGGCCUGGUGGAGAACGGGCUCAUCCUGUUCGUGGUGGGCUGCCGCAUGCGCCAGACCGUGGUCACCACCUGGGUGCUGCACCUGGCGCUGUCGGACCUGCUGGCCACCGCCACCCUGCCCUUCUUCACUUAUUUCCUGGCCGUGGGCCACUCGUGGGAGCUGGGCACCACCUUCUGCAAGCUGCACUCGUCCAUCUUCUUCCUCAACAUGUUCGCCAGCGGCUUCCUGCUUAGCGCCAUCAGCCUGGACCGCUGCCUGCAGGUGGUGCGGCCCGUGUGGGCGCAGAACCACCGCUCGGUGGCCGCGGCCCACAGGGUCUGCCUGGGGCUCUGGGCCCUGGCCGUGCUCAACACUGUGCCCUACUUCGUGUUCCGGGACACCAUCCCGCGGCUCGACGGCCGCAUCAUGUGCUACUACAACGUGCUGCUCCUGAACCCUGGGCCCGACCGCGACGCCACGUGCAACUCGCGCCAGGCGGCCCUGGCCGUCAGCAAGUUCCUGCUGGCCUUCGUCGUGCCGCUGGCCAUCAUCGCCUCGAGCCACGCGGUCGUGAGCGUGCAGCUGCGCCACCGCGGCCGCCCGCGGCCCAGCCGCUUCGUGCGCCUGGUGGCGGCCGUGGUGGCGGCCUUCGCGCUCUGCUGGGGGCCCUACCACGUGUUCAGCCUGCUGGAGGCGCGCGCGCACACCCAGCCCGCGCUGCGGCCGCUCGUGUGGCGCGGCCUGCCCUUCGUCACCAGCCUGGCCUUCAUCAACAGCGUGGUCAACCCGCUGCUCUACGUGUUCACCUGCCCCGACGUGCUGCACAAGCUGCGGCGCUCGCUGCGGAGCGUGCUGGAGAGCGUGCUGCUGGACGACAGCGAGCUGGGUGGCCUGGGCAGCGGCCGCCGCCGCCGCCCCUCCGGCCCCCGCCCGGGCCCCGCCGCCCGCCCGCCGCCCGGGUCCAGGCCCGCGCGCCUGCUCGCCUGGCUGUGGGGCGGCCGCACGGCGUCCGCGCAGCGGGCCCGCUCCAGGUCGCAGGACGAGAGGGGCCCCCUGAACCGGGCGCUGAGCACCAUGUCGGGGUAGGGGGCGGCUGGCGAUCGCGCGCGAGAACGUCCCGGGGGCAGAAUCAGGCCGGGACGGGGCGUCUGCCUUUUAAAACGCCUCCCGUGACUCAGGUACCUUCAGAACCGUCGUUGGCAGGCCGGGCGGUCGCCGAGAUUCUGCAUUUCCAGCAAGCUCCCAGGAGGCGAAGUCAGCGCUGCUGGUCCGCGGACCCCAUGGGGACCAAGGCAGGGUUAAAACCACAAGAUUUCUCGAACUAGGGUACUCAGGAUGUACCUUCCUGGAGCUCAGCUUUACCAGAUGGCGGGAGGGGAAGGGAGGGAAGUAUUUUUACAGGAAACCAGUGAUGUGUGCGUUUGGAGUAGAAAACUGAAAGGUUUGGGAAGUACUGGUCCAGUCUAACUCUUCAUGUAGUCACCUAACCAACGUUUAUUGAACUAGACGCUUGAUCCCACAAUCUUGAGGGACAGGUUCUAUUAGCUCCAAUUUCUACCCAUGAUCCAACUGAGGUACAUGGAGAUUAAUACACUUACCUGAAGUAUAGGGUCUGCAUACUCACCA